CUACGUUGCACUUCUCUAUAUUAACUAGACGUUUUUGACUUUUCAUUGCCAGUGAAAGAAAAAAAUCUUAUAUUUGACGGAAGUUUAUAGAUUUAUAAUAUUUUAGUUUUUGCAUUUUUUACUGAUUUUACAAGCGUACUCAAUUGAAACAUAGAAAAUUUAAAUUGUGAAAGUUACCACGUCAACAUACGCGAUUGAAUUAUCAAUUUGCAGCGAUUUGUGACUUGAAUUCAGAAGAAAAAGUAAUAUGUGCAUUUUGAAGAAUGCCGAUUCAGGCGCCUUCAUGGACAGAUUUCCUCUUCUGUCCCAUUUGUUGCAAUGAGUUUGCUGUUAAUCAACGUCUACCAAUAAGUUUGGGAUGUGGUCACACCAUAUGUCGCCAGUGUCUGUCCACCUUACACAAUCGACAAUGUCCUUUCGAUCAAACUUCCAUAACAACCGAUGUCGACAAUCUGCCCAUAAAUAACGCUCUACUUCAGUUGGUUAGCACUAACACAAAUACCAACAAUAACAACAAUGCUGGAAAUAUUAGCGAAAACCGAUAUAGCAGUAGCGGUAAUGACGGGGCCUCAGGGAAUGACGGCGAAACGAACACUUCCACCAGACAUACACCACCCAGUGUACGUCAGCUAAGUCCUGAAGAUUUAAAAUGCUAUAACAUGGCGAACAAAUGUAUAGAAAGUUUGGCACUAUAUCUAAAAUCUCUUGUUACUAAUAAUGGAAAUUUCGGAAGUCCUCUUUCGCGUCCGAUGCAACGUAAACUUGUAUCUUUAGUCAAUACUCAGUUGAUGGAACGUGAGGGACGUGAACGUGUUUUGCGAGCUGCUCGUUCAUUGGGCGAGCGUACUGUUACCGAACUAAUUCUGCAACAUCAAAAUCCCUUGCAGCUGAGUUCAAACCUAUGGGCAGCGGUACGCUCUCGUGGUUGCCAAUUUUUGGGUCCUGCCAUGCAGGAAGAAGUUUUAAAACUGGUUUUGCAAGCUCUUGAAGACGGUACGGCAUAUUCGCGUAAGGUGUUGGUAAUGUAUGUGGUACAACGGCUAGAACCACGCUUUCCACAAGCCUCGAAAACUAGUAUUGGUCAUGUUGUACAGCUUUUAUAUCGUGCCAGCUGCUUUAAGGUAUCGAAACGUGAAGCAGACUCGUCACUUAUGCAAUUAAAGGAAGAGUUUCGUACUUACGAUGCCCUACGACGCGAACAUGAUGCUCAAAUCGUACAAAUAGCCACUGAAGCCGGUCUACGCAUAGCGCCAGAUCAAUGGUCUUCCCUUCUGUACGGCGACACAGUGCAUAAGUCACAUAUGCAAAGCAUUAUCGACAAACUACAAACGCCGUCCUCCUUUGCACAGUCUGUACAAGAAUUGGUUAUAGCUCUACAACGCACCGGAGACCCAGCUAAUUUAUCAGGUCUAAGAAUUCAUCUGAAACAUUUAGCCGGUAUAGAUCCAUCGUUAGAAAGUCCGCCGUCAUCAUGGCAGGAUGUAGCAAAAGCAUUAGAAUCAGUGCAUGAAGUGGUAGUGGGACUAGUGGAUUUCGUACAACAUCACGGCAAUCGGAAGCUACAAGAAUGCACAACGGGUCAAACAAGUACGAAUACUAAGUAUAAAAUAAGUUUGUGUCGAGAUUUGACAGUGAGACGUAACUGUCCACGUGGCUCCAGCUGCACUUUUGCGCAUUCUGAGGAAGAAUUGGAAAAAUAUCGUGCUAAGAAUCGUAAAAACACAAAGCCAGGUAGCAACGUUCCCCACUCGGUUAUAGGCCCGAUAACGGCUGGCAGUGUAAAUAGUGCAAACAAUGGCAAAAACGAUUUUACAUCCCAUACUCAUCCACAUAACCAUGGACACAAUCAUCACAAUCCCCAUGCUAUGGUCCUAUUGCAUCCCGGAAAUGAUAAUUCCGCACCAGCCUCAACGGCUACGUCUCCAUUGAGAUUUGACAGUCUACAAUCGAUGCAUAACAAAUUACCUCGCGGCAGUUAUGGUGAUGCCUCGUCAUCAUUGCAAACGCACGGGCCACCAGGCGCACACCAUCACAUGCGUUCGUUGCAUCAUAGUCCAAUUCCCCAAAAUACCGGACAGACAGUGCCUACACCCCCUACUGCACAUCGUUAUGACGCAUCUUCUUUUGGCUCAACAUUAAAUUAUCCCGUAUCAACAACUGGAGUACCACCACGUAUGCCUCAGGGUUUGUCAAACAUCAAUAACUCACCAAUAACAAUGCGAAAUUCUAGCGGCGGUAUACUUUCAUCAAGAUCUUUUCCAAAUACAUUGCAACCGCCGACAACGCAUUCUCAUCCUCCCUUACCUCCGAAUAUGCCUACCAAUAACCCACCGAAAUAUCACAACAAUAACAAUGUGACCACAUCUUUGGGCAGUCCGCUAUCUAAUAAGGGAAUUUAUAAUGCAUUAUCUGCUGAAUUUUACAAUACACCGAUCAUGGGUACGAACACACGUGCAUCCUCUUUAUUUAGCAGUAAUCAAACUACAGCUGCUGGAGUUGCCGGAAACAGUGGAGCUAUGAAUGGAAAGAAUAACGCCGAUAUAAAAGGUGAAAAGCUCAGGUUAGCCCAAAUUAGUGGCAUGUGGGAUCAGCACCAACAUCAGCAUAUGGUAAAUGCAUCAACUAAUGCGGAAAUAUUAAGUGGAACUACCGGACUUGGAGGUUCACCAUCGCAUCAGUCUGCAUCACUGUACCCAUCCAGCGAUAAAGUGUCUAUAUUUGGUAAGAAAGUUAACAACGUCAACAUGAAUCUUAAUAUAACACUCAAUGGUCUUGCGAUCGGUGAUCAGUAUAUGUUCAAGAAUGAAUACGGCGGCGCAAACGCUGUUCUCCCAUCAUUGCCUGGCAUACCAAAUAACAACAAGGAUAAUUUAAUGAGUAAUGAUUUACCAACUCAACGUUCUUUCUGGAAUGCCCAUAAUAGCAAUAUGGUUAGUGGUGGUAACUUUGCCGAUAAUACGCAGGAACGUAAUACAAUUGCACAUAAUAUGAGUAUAAAUGCGUCACCUGGACCAUUUCGUGAUCGUGAUAGUUUCGUACGUUCUGAUUCUAUAUUGGAUGACGAUGCCGCUACUUUUGAAGUGCCUGCAACAUCGGCAGGCAUGGGUAGCAAAUUUGGUCCCAUCUGCCCAAUGUACAAAGGACAUAGUAGCACGGCGGCCGAAGUUUCCCACACUAAUACAUAUCUGGAUAGCUGGAGUAGUGGCGAUAUUCGAAAUCAGACGGCAAACAAGGAACACCCAUUGUUGGAGCGAAAUUCUUCUGGCGACAUCAACUACUCAGUAUUUUCAAAUGAUACCGAGAACAGUCUGGCAUUGCAAUUUCGACAACAACUACAGCGCUCGGCAAAUGGUCAGCAGCAACAUCAACAACGUUUACUCCAAAAUCAGCAGCAACAACAACAAUCGCACAGACCAUCGGCAUUUGAUAAUUUUAAUAGCAUGCAAAACACGCUGCUGCCUGAUUUGUCAUUCAAUCACAGCGGUUUAGAGAGAGAUCGCACUUCCGCGGGCGAGGAAAGAGUUAACUUUGAAUUAGGUUAUAAUGCGUUCCAAAGUAUGUUGGCCAGUGCAGACAGUAAUGCUAAUAUGGACAUAGAUAAGGGUUCCUCAAUGUGGAGCAGUGGCAUUAAAUCAGCGGAUGCAACUUUCUGGAAUGACGCGAUUUCCACAGCGGCUGCAAAAACCAAGGAAUUACAGCUUCAACGGCAGCAGCAACACCAACAAUAUCAACAAUUGUUGAGCAAAGGUCGGAACAGUGAGGAAGGCAGCAUUGAUAGUAGUCGAAUGAGAGAUAUUGAGCAAGAACUUUCGGAAAUCGUAGACAAAAGUUGGUCAAAUGCCGAUGACAGUGGUAUUAAGUUGCAAUAAAACUGAAAGCUAUUGCAGGAUCACAAUAGCAGUGUAUAAACCGAUGAAAACGGAACAACAACUGAAGCAAAUGGAGGCUCUUCAUACAAAAGAAAAAAUUAACAAAUGUGAUCAUAAAUUGUUUCCAUAAUUUACUUGCAAUAUUUUUGCAAAACUAUACGAAGUGAAUAAUAAUCAUCGGUCGAAUAUUACUAAGCUGAGCAACUUAAAACAUGCACAGACACUGAUCCUUUUCAACGAAGGUUUAUAGUUACAAAAACAAUACAAUUUAGAUAAAUAUGUUUUUUGAAAUGUAAAACUCACGCAAACGUGAGUGCAAAAAAACACAAGUUAUCACAAGUUGAGAGGGCCAAAUAACCCACUGCUGAUGUCACGACAUUGUAAGUGUAUUUCUCUUUAUUUUUAGCGAAUUUCUUGCGUUGGAAACUUUCUGUGUUCUGUAUAGUUUAGAAAAGUAGAUAGAAGACGGCUCGUUUACGCAUUAAUUGCAAAUUGCAAUGAUUAGAUGUGAGCCUUCUUGUGUACUAUAUCGUGUAGAAAACGUGUAUAGAAAUGUAAUACGCGAAAAACGACUAAUUAUUAAUUGUAAAUGUAAAUUUUUUGUAUUAGAUAUUCUUACAAUCGAUUAUGAAAAUGAAUAGCGAUACUAACAAUUCUGAAGACGUGAUCAAUAUGAAACUAUAUUUUAUAGACAUUUAAUGAGAACAAAAACUCAAAAAUAAUAUAUAAUAUUUUUGUAUAAAUGCAAACACUAAUCGCAUGAUGUCGCUUUUAUGCAGCCACACUACUCUACUCUUCUUUUUUUACACAUACAUACAUAUAAGAUGCCCAUCAGGAAGUAUAUAAAUAAAUAAAUAAAUAAACAAAUUAAUAACAAAAUUACUUAACAUUUAUGCGACAGCGUAUUAGUGCUUGGCCCACUGCUUUUACUUCUCUGACUGACAUAGAAAACGUCACUAUUAACUAAAAACAAAAAAUAUACAUAUAUAUACAGAACAGCGUCUUCGCUGAGGUGAACUUAUUUUCCGCUGGGCAAAUUAACAUACACACAUAAAACACAAUAUUAUAACAAAGAAUACAUUUAAUAUAAUUAAAUUUAAAAUUAUUAUAUACAAGCAUAUAUCUACUAUAUAUUAUAUAUUUCUUAAAGAAAUUUAAAUUACGCUAUUGUGCGAUGUAAGCUGAGAUCAUAAUAUGACAAUGAUAAUUUUUUGAUGAAAUUGAUGUUUUUAAAUAAUUACCUUUUUGUCUGAUAAAUAUGAUUAUGAAAUAGAAAAUUUAUACAUAACAAAUUUAUAAAACAAACGUAAAAUAAUAAUAAAAACUCUAUGUAUAUAUAAACUGAUUAUAUAUGUAUGUAUAUGUACUAUACUUGAUAAAUAUCGACAAAUGCGUGAACAAAACGAUGUUGUUUGUUUUUUACAUUGCUUUUAUCAUCCGUUAAUAGUCCUACGCGUUUAGAAUUCUUUUUUUUUUUAUUGCUAGUUCGAUUAUGAUUCUGAUUCUAAUUGUAUUUGUAAUUGUUACCUAUUCGUAGGCGUUUAAAGAUUGCUCCUAUUUAUUAUUAUAAAUAUGUAUGUAGAAAAUGAAAGAAACUAUGUAGUUGUAAUAUAACUCAAAUUAAAUAUAAAUAACAUGAACAUAAAUAUAAUUUGCUAUUAUGCAAGCUUAUGUCUCGCCCUGUGUGAGCUAAACAAGCCGAUUGAAUUAAAGCAUAUAAAAUGUUCAUGUAUUUGUGUAUACGCAAACAUUUAAUAUUAUAUAUUAAAAGUCGUGUGAAAAUCACUCAAAAAAUAUAAUUCAUUGUUUAAAAUUCUAACUAAUGUUAUUGUCCAUAUACUGAGCUUUGUUAAAAUUUCCCAAAAUGUAUCAAUAGUUAGUUCAAAGUUGAUGAAGUUAUCGAGUCUUCUACUAACCAAUAGAUAGAAAUUAAAAGACGUUGUAAGACUAUAACAUGCAACAGAUCUAAAAAUGCCUUAAGCGGUUUUGUUUUGUAUUUAUUUUUUUUUUUAUUAAUUUCACUUCAACAAUGAAUGAUUUAUGUAAUAGCUUGAGAUUGUUGCUUAAUUGCACUAUGUAGACAUUAAUAUUUUUAGGUUAGAAUACUAUAAACUCGAAACAAAAAAAUAUUUUGCUUCAUUUUGUAAUUAUUCUUGUUGAACUUCAUUAUCAACUUGAUUAUGUAUGUGUAUUUGUGUAGCACCAAGCUAACUUAUAUGUGUGUUGAUUUAUUUUUAUUGUAAUAAAAUGGAAAAUUAAAACAUUUUAAAGAAAAUGUUAUAUUAAAAAUGUGUUUAAAGAUGUAAUUUAUCUAUAACCACCACACGUACGAGUUCGCUUUGUGUCACAAACAAUUAUUUAAAUUUUGUUUAUAAAUUUACCAAUUGUAAUAACUAACCUCAAAAUUCUACAGUGCAACAGCUGCAAAUGUACAUACAUAUGAAUGCAUCAUAUUAUAAAUUCUAAACUUUACAGUUGAAUUUUAUCCUAUUCUAGUUUUUUAUAUAGUACAUUGCGUGUUGAGUUCAACAAAAAAAUAUAUCAACAUCAACUUUGAAACUCAGUUGAUAAAUCCUUAUUUUAGCAAACAACUGCAUGAAAAUUGCAUAUGCAUAAAUCCGUAUAUGUUAAAUGUGCGCCUUUUAUUGCUAAUAACGAUUCUUUGUACAUAAUUUAAUAAUUCAAACUACAUGUAUGUAUGUACACUAGAAAUUAAUUAUUACUCGAUUGGGUUCAAUACUUGAGACCCGUAAAGUAGUUUCUUUAAUUUUCGAUAUAUACAAUUUUUUUUUAUAAAAAAUCAACAAAAAGUGUAUUGUGAAUGUAGUAUUUAAUAUAAUAUAUAUUUUAGUAUAUUAUAAUAAAAUAAUGCAUAGUUAAAGAGAUGAGUGCAAACAAAUAAAUAAAUAAAUGGUGUGUACCAUUAAUGCUAACGCAUAUUGCUUACUACAUAGUCAAUAGUAGUACUACUGACUAAUUUAAUGAAACUGAUAUUCAUGAGUUUUGUGCAUACAUACGUGUAUGCACACUAAACAAAAACACCAAGAUUAAAUUGAAAUCAAAGCACUAGAAAUUCAAGUUUUAUUCCACAGGCUGUUUUAUCGCACAAUGUGCUGCCGUAUGCGUUUUUUUCUAUAUAACCUAAGAAAUAUUUUAAGUGACAAAGUUAAAUUUUGCUUAAUUUUUAUUUAUUUUAUUUUUACUUAUACCGAAGUAUACUAAAAUACAGCUGUUUGUGCAUUGUAAAUGAUACUUAGCUUUGUAAAUCUGUAUUUAUGUGUAAUAGUGCCCAACACAUUAGCACAUAAGCGAGUUUAAUUUUUUUAUAUUAAAAUAUAACAAUCAACUUUAGUUUACUGUAAACAAAAAACAAUAAUUUUUGUACUUAAUAUCAAUAAAUACAGUCUAUAACAUUUAAAGAAGUUUGUUUCAAAGUUAAAGAAUAGCUUAUAUUUUUUAUAGCAACUUGUUGCAAAGAAUAAUAAACUUUUAAAAUAUACUCCAAUUCACUUUAUGGUUGCUGGCUUUUUUGUUUAUUUUUAUUUAUUUUAUUAUUAUUUUUUUUUUAUUAUUAUUUUUUUUAUUUGUAAUAUUCUUUUCUGCGUACGGUGCACGUGCAGUGUGGUGUAGAUAUAACUUAAACCCAAUGGGUUCAUAAAGAAAUAAAAAAAAUAAAUAUGAUUUAAAGCAUUAAAAAAACUUAACUUAUUGUUUUAAAUAUACAAUGAAAAAACAACAAAAAACAUUUACAUACACAAAUUUAUAUUUAAAUAUACAAUAUACUGAAUGAUUGUUGAGAGAGAAACAAAUCUACAACAAGGUCAAGGGAAAUGUAAAUGACUUUAGUAAUUUAUAAAGAAAUACAAUGUAAAUAAUAGUUGAAAACAUAAAACAUACAAUACAACACUGAACAAAUCAAAACAACACAAUAAUAAAUAAUUACAAACGGAAAUGCAUCGUACAUUUUCAAACUGUGCAUUUCUAACUGUCCUGCAAUUCAUAGAAAAUAAAAUAGUUUUAUCAAUGCUGCGGAAUUUUCUUUAGUUGUACGUUAGCUAUGCAAGGUUAAGACACUAAAAGUGCAUUUUUUUGGUAAAAGAAAUAUGGUAUUUUCAAAAUUCAAUACAAUUGAUGUUAAGAAAACAAAAAAAAAAAAAACGUUUGAUUAUUUUAUGAAUAUUAUUCAUAAAUAUGUUUUAAAGCAUACAAUUUGUAUGUUUUUGUUUUUACGAUCUAACAACAAAUUUAUUUUAGAAAUAUGUAUAACAAUCAAGUCUACCAACAUAUGUAUGUAUGUAUUACUUUAGUUUUUUUAUAUGUACAAAACACAUAGCAAAUAUAUUGCAUAAUAUGGCAACAAAUAAAAGAGAGUAUACUGCAAAGAAUUCGAACUAAACGAAAUUACGACACCUUAAUUAAAUAGUUGACGAUGAAUAUGUAAUUUAAAUAUGUUUUAAAUUCUAUUGUUAAACAAUUUGGUAUGUCAAAAUGCUAAUUUUGUGCUUUAAGACUUGAAAUGUGCAAUAAUCAAAAAUUUUACUACAAAAAUUACAUAACUAACUUUUCUGUUUACAUAGAAAUUCAUAUCUGUUAUCAAAUAAAAAAACAAAAGGAAGCAUAAAACAUAA